CUCAGGGGAGAGGUGACUCAAUUGAACUCUAGCGAACUCAGUAGUAAGUCUCACCAUCACCAAUGUCAUUUAUAUUGUCGGUAGCUACUAAGGCUACUGCCGUUGCGUACCCAGUUUUACUUGCUGUGAAAAUUAUAGACGAAAUAGUGGAUGAAGUAUCCAUCCCCAUUGAAUUUAUCGAUGAAAAAUCAGUUGACCCCACUAAGGCAGAUAUCGGUGCUAAAUUAGUAACACCUGAAGGUAAAACUUAUGAAACUCAAUUAGAAAUCUUAACUUAUUUGAGUGAAAAGUUCCCAUCAGUUGUUAGUGAUGCUAAGGAAUCUCAAAAAUGGGCAGAAUUCGCUUUGAAUCACUUGUACAUCAAGAACUUUAAGGUAUUAUCAACUGAUUUAGAAACUUUAGAUGCUCAUUUAAAUUUACGUUCAUUUGUUGUAGGUAAUGGAUAUUCAUUAGCCGAUUAUGCUGUAUGGGGUGCCUUACGUGCCAAUGCUUUAAUGGGUUCUAUCAUUAAGAAUGAAGUUUAUAUCAAUAUUUCUAGAUGGUAUAAUUUAUUAGCUUCAGAUAAGAGAUUUGAAAAUACUAUUGAAUUCUAUACUAAAUCAGUUAAUGAAUUAAGAAAAUCCCUUAAGGCUGCUAGUACUGGAGGUAAAAAAGAAACCCAUAAGGCUAAUUUUGAUAUUGAUUUACCAGGUGCUAAAAUAGGUGAAGUCGUUACUCGUUUCCCACCUGAACCUUCUGGAUAUUUACACAUCGGACAUGCUAAAGCUGCUAUUUUAAAUGAAUAUUUUGCUCAUAAUUAUAAGGGUAAAUUAAUUAUUAGAUUUGAUGAUACUAAUCCUACUAAAGAAAAGGAAGAAUUCCAAGAUUCUAUUAUUGAAGAUUUGGCUCUUUUAGGAAUUAAAGGUGAUAAAGUUACUUAUUCUUCUGAUUAUUUCGAUACUAUGUAUGAAUUAGCCAUUCAAAUGAUUAAAGAUGGUAAUGCUUAUUGUGAUGAUACUCCAUUAGAAAAGAUGAGAGAACAAAGAAUGGUAGGUGAACCUUCUGAAAGAAGAAAUAGAUCAAUUGAAGAAAAUUUAACCAUCUUUACACAAGAAAUGAAGAAUGGUACUGAAGAAGGAUUAAAGAAUUGUUUAAGAGCUAAAAUUGAUUAUACCGCUGCCAAUAAAACUUUAAGAGAUCCUGUUCUUUAUAGAUGUAAUUUAACUCCUCAUCAUAGAACUGGUACUGCUUGGAAAAUGUAUCCACUUUAUGAUUUCUGUGUUCCAGUAGUUGAUUCUAUUGAAGGAGUAACUCAUGCUUUAAGAACAAAUGAAUAUAGAGAUCGUAACCCACAAUAUGAAUGGAUUCAAAAUGCUUUGAAAUUACGUCAUGUUAAUAUUUGGGAUUUUGGAAGAGUUAACUUUGUUAGAACUUUAUUAUCCAAGAGAAAAUUACAAUGGUUUGUCGAUAAAAAGUAUGUUGCUAACUGGGAUGAUCCAAGAUUCCCAACCGUUAGAGGUGUUAGAAGAAGAGGUAUGACUGUUGAAGGGUUAAGAAACUUUAUUAUCUCUCAAGGUCCAUCAAAAAACAUCAUCAAUUUGGAUUGGUCUGUUAUUUGGGCUUUAAAUAAGAAAGUCAUUGAUCCAAUAGCUCCAAGAUUUACAGCUGUUGAUAAAGAAAAUGCUGUUGUAGUUAACUUGGACGGACCUGCUGAACCAACAACUGAACAAAAACCUAAACAUAAGAAAAAUGCUGAAGUAGGAUUAAAAUCCGUCAUUUAUGCUAAUAAAGUAUUAAUUGAUCAAGCUGAUGCUGUAGCCAUUGAAGAUGGUGAAGAAAUCACAUUUAUGGACUGGGGUAAUGUCAUUGUUGAAAAAGUUCACAAGGAAGGUGAUGUGGUCAAGUCUAUUGAUGCUAAAUUACACUUAGACGGUGAUUUCCGUAAGACUUCUAAGAAACUUACCUGGUUAGCUGAUACCAGCGAUAAAGUUGAAGUUGAUUUAGUUGAUUUUGAUCAUUUAAUCACCAAGGACAAAUUAGAAGAAGAAGAUAACUUUGAAGAUUUCCUUACUCCAGAAACUGAAUUCCAUACUAAGGCCUAUGCUGAUUUGAAUGUUCGUAGUUUAAAGGAAAGUGAUGUCAUUCAAUUCGAAAGAAAGGGUUACUAUAGAGUCGAUAAGCCAUACGAACAAGGUAAGGAAGUUGUCUUAUAUACCAUUCCUGACGGUAAGACUGUCUCCAGAUAUGGAGCUAAGAAAUAAAUUUCCAACUCUCUUGUACAAAUUGAAUAAUAUAAUAGUACUCUCAAACUAUAUUAGUAUUAUGGAAGUAAAUAUAAAUUAACGAUA